AUGAACGGGACAUUUAAUGGGCAAAUCUUGGUUGACAAGCUGUCAAAGCUCAAUAGUUCGCAACAGAGCAUAGAGAGUAUCCUGUUCUUAUGUUCUCAUUUGUUUACUUCAACAUGGAGAUAAAUGACUAAUCGCUAUCUCAUGUCUGCAAUUAUCUUUGAUUUACAUAUUCAUAAGAAAUAAUAAUACAUUUCCCGGAAUCCAGAAAAUGGGUUUGCUUGUAACAUGGUUGUCAAUGUUGAGAGACGAUUAUUUUCCCUUUAACUUUCCUUUACUUUUUCACGAUGCAUAUUGAUUUGUUUUUCGCUAUUGAUGCCCUGUUUGGUGUUCCAGAAAGCUUGCAAAUAUAUGCUGCUUGGGCUGUUCUAAACAAGCUUCGAAAAUUGUUCUUUAUAGAGAUUACAUUUCUCUGGUGGCUUAAGGUUGCUCUGGUUUGACUAUUUUCUUCUUUGGAAACUAUCCUGCAAGGUAAUUUUUAUGUCUUACUUGUCUUCAGUCAUAAGUUAUUGUAAAUAGUUUGAGAAAUUGAGGAGAGUAUGGAUUAAGCAUGGGGCCCAAUGGAAGAUUAAUUGUUUGUUCUGCGUCUUGUGGGCGGCAGAGUUAAACUCAGGAAAGCUUGUGUAAAUAUCCAGCCUUGUCCUGACUAGCCUGAAACCAUUGAUGCAUAAAGGGGGAGAACUAGGUAGCUCUUGCAUGGCUCUGGCUUGCUUGGCAAUGAUGGGUGUUUCACUUCAUCAAUUAGAGCUCAACUCGACUGGUUUUUUGGUCGGUUCAGAGGUUUAUGUUUAGUUUUUAGAUAUCUACAUCAUAUUCUUUUGUUGACGCUGAUGUUCUUGACUCAGAGGGGAAGUGCUAUUCGUGUUGAUUUUGUUGGUAGGAUCUUGGAUCUCAGCAUUGUUUACAUUAACUCAUGAUGUUCAUUCCCUUAUUGGUUUUUCCCUCCACCGUAUCAAAGUCUAUGCAAUUUAUCCUUGAAGGACAUCCUUAACAGAUUCAAGCUCUUUCACACUGGUGCAUCUUCCAUAGAAAAAAUGCAAAGCAAGUUGUGGAAACAUGGGACCGGCAGUUCCAUUGUGCACCAAAGAGCCAGUGGGUUUCCUUUCUAUAUCUGGCUAAUGACAUUCUGCAGAAUAGCAGGCGAAAAGGUUUGGAGUUUGUGAACGAGUUCUGGAAGGUCCUCCCUGAUGCUUUAAAUAAUGUAAUGGAGAAUGGUGAUGAAUUCGGAAGAAGCGCUGCAGUGAGGCUUGUAAGGACUUUCUUUUAUGUUUUUAAUAAAAGUUUUAAAUCACUUUUGUAUACUAGCGAACAAUGUAUACACAUAGGAGGAUCUCUCUCUCUCUCUCUCUCUCUCUCUCUCUCUCUCUCGACUUUGCUGAUUGUGUUUUUUUUUUUUUGGGCUUUUUCAUUUAUUUGGGAUUUAGUUGAUUAAGUGUGCAUCCGUUAUUCAUCCAUCUGGAGUGUUAGUGGGUGUCUAUUUGUUAGUGUUGAUGUUCAUGUCUGACGUUUGUGUUUGGUGGUGAGAAGUGUCUUAUCAUUUAUCUAAUAUUGGAAAUUUUUGAAUUUUCGUCUUCACAUACAUUGUUUCCUCCUAUUCAUAUGUUGAUUCACCUAUCUCUUUGUGCCUAUUUAUGAGUAUUGCCAUGCUGGUUUAUCCAUCUUCUCUAGUAUAUGAUUAUUUUGAGUAUUCAAGACCUUGCUAAUACUUCUAUCUUUCUUGGGUUUUUUUCCCUAUUUGUGCAUCUAUCGACCGACUUUCCUGUCUUUAGAUGACAGAAAGGUCCACAAUCAGUUUGAUUGUGAUAUCAUUUCCCUCUUUUCUACCAUCUUGGUUUGUGAUGUUGCUUCAGAUUUGACAUCUGAUACGGUUCACGGCGCAAGAUACGGUUCACAUAACAAUGACAUGGUUGCCAGGCUAUGACCACUCAAUUGGCGUUUGGCAUAUGAGUUCUCCUCUUCCCUAGAUCUCUGAGCCAAUAUCUGGGCUAAUCUGCGGUCUCAACACUAGAGUUACCUUGCUUCUAUUUUCAUUGACACUUUGGAUUUGCCACGAGGACGUAGUUCUGCACUAAAAUAAGUUCUACUUAAGGUGGAUAUUUGCACUGAAGAUUGAAUUAUGAACCUUCUGGAAUGAGAAAUAAGCAGUGUUGCCUGCGUUAGGCAUUUCCUUUUCUCAUUAUGAAGAAAUUCAUCAAAGCAUGAUCUACCAUUCUUCUAUCUCAUCAAGUCUCUGCGACUCACAUGUGGGCAGUAAGCAGUUCUAGUGGCAUUGGUGAACUCAUUUAAUGAUUUCUGGUGUUAAGGUGAUGUUUAGAAAGCUACCUACAGCGGCAAUAUCAUACAUCUGGCUAGCACAUAUAUGAGUUAAUAGUUCAUACAUCUGGCUACCUACAGUUUGAGGCUACCUUUUUGUGCCUUUCUUUAGAAGCCUCCCUCCAUGCCGUCACCCUCUUUGUUGAAAAUUUGGUCCUUAAAGGAAUGGUUGGACCUUUUUGAUCAUCCCACAAGGAUAAUUACAGGACUUUGACCGCAAUCUAUCUGCAAUUUAGAAGUCCAAGAACAAUUAGCUCAUCAUCAUCAUAUUUCAGGAUAUGCCAAGCAUAAUAUCAGCAAAAUCUUCUGGAAAUAAAAAAGGACUUCCGCCAUUUUCAAACAUGGUUCUUAUUUUGAUAAGAACAUGAGCAGAUGCAAAUAUGAGCAUAAUUUAUCUGUGUCGUGUUUUAAAAUGGUUAUCAGGCAUGCUACAUGUCACACGCUCAGUGACAUUCUCUGCAACGCAGCAUUCAUAGUUUAUGCAACAGAAAUCUUUACUGAUGCUGAUGUGAAAUGAUUUCCUGCUCUUUCGGCUCAGUCUAUAAGAACAGAUUUUAAAUGGUUCACAAUCACAAUUUUUCUGUUCAUAUGGCAUGAUAAGUUUAUAUGUGUCAACCUACCAGAGACCUUAAUCUCUGUAGGUGGGGGUGUGUUGGCUUCUUUGACUUUUUUAAUAAAAUGGUGCCGGUUGCUGUUCUUUUAGCCUGGUUUAGAAAUUUAUUUAUUUGAUGUGGUCAAACUUAUGGGGCCCAGGUUGACAUCUGGGAAGGUCGCAAGGUCUUCGGCUCUCGUGGGCAGACUCUGAAAGAUGAGAUUUUCGGGAGAAAACUCAAUACUGACGUGAAUAGAAACAUAAAGGGUCCCAACAGCAAAUUAGUGAGUGACCCUGGGUUUCUUCCUCUCUCUAUAUUCUCAUGGACAAUCGCUCCUCGGGAUGGGUUUCCCUCCCUCCUCCGCAGAUGUGGAUCCUGGUUUAUUAACUUCCUCCUGCCUUUGUUCUAUCUCAGAAUCAGUCUGUCGGAGAUGUACUGGAGAAGCUCAUUUCUAACUACAAGCGUGUGUAUGAGGGUCCUGUGGAUGAACUCAUUCUAUUGGACAGAUGUCAGAAUGCCAUUAGCUCUAUUGAGAAAGUGGAGAAGGACAUGGAUGGCAACCUCAUGUUAGGUAAUUUCAGCUGUCUGGAUGCAUUAAUCCAUUUUAUAUUAAAUAUUUGUGCAAUUUGGAUGAUAUAUCCCGGUGCCUUUUUGAGUUCUUCUUAUUCAUAAUAAAUAAAUAAAGAAAUAAAUAAAUAAUAAACAUUUGAAAGAGAUAAUUGGAGGAUUCUUUGGUUCUCUUCACUAUUCCGCAGGAGAUGUCAACGGCUCACAGGUUGUGGAGGAGUUGGAGGGGCAGCAUAUGAUCUUAAGAGAGUGCGUUGAACAAUUGAAAAUGGCUGAAUCAUCAAGAGUGUCUCUUGUCUCAAAUCUAAGGGAGGCACUUCAUGAGCAGGUGGGGUCAACUCGCUGAAGUCAACCAUGAGAACCCAUAAGAUUCUCGUAUAGUUUCUCUCUAAAUUUGCUUCGAAUCGAAAUAUGUUUCAUCUUAAUUUUGAAUCCAGUGUUACUUGCUUUACAGGAAUUAAAGCUAGAGCAAGUUCGUAAGCACCUUCAGGUAUUUUCUGGCUAAUAUUCAUUCUCAGAAGAUAUAUAUAUCCCAUCUUACUCUGCUUUGCCUCAAGAACUAAUGUUUUUUUUUUGGUUGCUCCCCUUUAUCCGAUCAAGUGGCUAAUAUUUGAUUUUUUUUCUUCCAAAUUCUUUUGGUUUCUCUCAUGUUGAGCAAUAUUUAAUCACAUUUUAAUGAGUUUAGAAAUUAAUAAACAAUCAUCAUCAAAAAAAUUCAUCAGUCAUUUUUUAGUAAAAAAAUGGACGAGCUUGAGAGCCAGAGGGCUUCUUGAAAAUGAAAUUAUCUUUUGAUAUUUUUUUUGAAAAACAUUAUUGUGUAUAUUUUCGUCUUCAGGCUUCUCAGCUUCGAUUAGAGCAGGCAGGGAGCAUCUCGCAGCGGCUGGGUACUCUCAACAACGGGCAAUCACCAAAUGAAAUCAGGGUGUUCUCUGAGCCACCGCCCACGUUCAUCGAAGAAGCUCAGUCUCCUCCCACAGGGAAGGAACAGCCUGCUACCGUCAACUACAUCCAGCAGGAGCCUGCGUUGGGCGGCACUGCCGACUCCGAAGAGCACCGGAAGACAGCCGCCGCCGCCGUGGCGGCCAAGCUCACGGCCUCCUCUUCCUCCGCCGAGAUGCUCAGCUACGUCCUCUCCUCUCUGGCCUCAGAGGGCACAAUCCACCCGCAGGGGAAAGAACAGGAAGAAGCUUCUUCUGACGGUAAGAGACCCAAAUUAGAGAGCAGCACGCCCCCAUAUAUCCCUCAACAGGCCUCACAGCUCGCCACUCCCUACCCACUGAACCCAUCGCAGCCUCAGCUCCAGCAUGGUUCCCUCCCGGGCCUGCCAUUGCAGCCGCCACUGCAGCCGCCCCUGCCCCCAAUGCCGCCGCCAGCCCAGUACAUGCAGGUGGGUUCCAUGGCUGGUGUGCCUUAUGGUUACGGCGCAGUCCCACUGCAGCGGCCGCCGCCGUUGCCCAAUUUCCCCAUGGGUAGCAACAUGUCGCCUUAUAUGGGUCAGCCAAGCCCCUACCAGGGUUUCCAAGCAUCAGAGGGGGGGUUCUUCACCCAGCAGCCUCCUCUGCCUGCGGCACCGCCGCCGCAGUCAGCUUCCCGACAGUGA